GCCGUCGCGGCCUGGUCGUGCCCAGCUCCCUCAUCGCCUCCCUGUCAUCGUCCAUUGGACCUCUAGGAACGACAGAGUUGACCUUCUUUAUCAAUUGCAUUCCAUAAAUAUGCUAGCCCAUUGAUCAGUCAGGAAGGAGAGAAGUAAGAAAGGGGGAGAGGAAGGAUGCCACACAGGACCCGGCCCAUGACAGGGCUCUUGGUGUUCAUGGGUGUGAACCUGGCCUUGGUUUCCACCAUCACCCCUGUCUAUGAUUUCGUCUGCUUUCAUCCCUACUGGGAACGAAGGGUAUAAUAUGCUUACCUUUAUCCUAUAAAAUACACGUGUAUCAGUGUAUGCUGCUCUGCUUUUUUUCUUAUAUCAUGUUUAGAAUGCCUGUUGUCAGUCCUGCUUUUAAAGUACUCUGUAACUAUGAGUUUUAAUCAUCCAAUAAAAUAAACGUCAAGUCUCA